CCCUUACCGAGAUAUCAAUUGUUCAAUGCAAAGCUUCAUGAUAGAAACUAUCACUAUCGAGCCUUAACAUCCUUGAUCGCUGACCGGCGGUGAGCUUAAUGGGUUGUAGAGGUGCCAAUCAUCCCACUACCGGCAGUACGCAUGUGCCUCAGCAACAUCUUCAUUGGAUCUACUUUUGUCCUGGAUGUGUCGGACAAGGUCCCCCAACAGAUCCAAAGCGGACGGGUGAGCUUCCGGGCGCCGUGCAGAGAUUACAUGUGCUUCAAUUCUCGAGUUUCACAGAAAAGGCGGCAGAACAUAGAGCGGUGGAACCCACGAUGCAAGUACUGCAUGUACCUGUACCGUCAAGCUCAGUGCAACCCUUGCUCAAUGAGUGUGGUAACACAUAACCCCAUGCCCUCAUGCUUCAAGGUCAUCAUGGAUGAAGACGGCCCGUGGUUCUUGAAGUCCCUAAUAAAAUUUAUCAAUGGCAUGAGCACACGCGGCCAAGAACUAUGGUAUGGAACCGGGUAACCUCAUGGACGUUUCAUCACCAUCACAAC